GUGAUUCUCUUCUACAAUUUAAAUAUUCCUGAUUUUUGCAAUAAACCCAUCAGAGUCGAGAGUUUCCUCCUUGUGUCUCGUUGAAGAUGUUUGCUGAACUUAACAACGGUCUAACAAUUCUUUUAUUAAUAUUUACAAAUGCAGAAAUGAUCUGUUCAGAAGUAAUCAAAGGUUGCUCAGAGAAUCUCAAGUCUAUUCCUUGGAAGCCGUGUGAAUUUCCAGAUUCAAGAGACCAUUACUAUGUGCCGCUCGAUGGAGGAAGAAGAUUUCUUCCAAAAAUAGACAAACUGGAAGGUAAUGGAGAACAUGCGGUGAAAGUCGUAUGUUUCGACUCAAAGACAAAACGAAGCAGAGCCUCCGAUCUAUUAGUUUGUUUUGACGGUGCGUGGUAUCCCAAUGACCACGGCUGCGUGGACAUAGUUUGUGAUCCAGUUUUUAAUACGACUUCAACGAAUUACUCUUGUAUGACACAAGCGGGCGAACAUGUGAGCUGUGUCGAUCCAGUGCCAAUGAACACACAACUCACCAUACACUGUUCACAUUGGAGGUACAAUCCAAACGGAGGCAGCAAAGUCUGCUUGGAUGGUGAAUGGGAGAAGUGGGAGCCCUGCAGAGAACAGUGUGGUCUUGUUACUGACAAUAUACCUCAAGGAAUCAAUUCCUCCGAAGCAGCACUGCUCCGUAAUCCAUGGCAUGUGGUGAUCUACAGGCUGACGAAUGGUAACUGGACUCAGAAAUGCGCAGGAACAAUCAUUGAGCAUCGCCUGAUAAUCACAGCUGGUGUUUGUUUGCAUCCGCUUUCUGAUCCCAAAUCUUUGAAGGUUGCAGUCGGUAGCUAUUUCAAACAUUUUGGAACUGCUAAGUCCUCACGAGGUAUCCAUGAAGUUGAACAGGUAUUUUUCAAUGCUGAUAAUUCGAUAGCAAUGUUGAGGACGAAGGUACCUUUGCAAUACAGCGAUACAGUGGGCAGUGCGUGUAUCACAAGGAUUCACUACAAUGCAGACCCAGAAUAUUUAUUGAUUUUUCCAAUUUUGACGGAGUAUGUUGACACAGGAUUCACUUCAAAGGAGACACUUGUUACCAGACUGGAUCCAUCUUGUUCGAAUAGAGCAGAUGAACGAAUUUGUUCAUAUUCUUUUGAUCAUAGAAAAGUUGAAGCCGUCAACAUAGGUGCGGGAAGUGCUUCCUCGAUUAUUGACUUUGAAGAUAAUUCAGUUCGGUGGUAUUUGAGAGGCAUUCUUAUUGAUUCGUACAAUAACAGUGAUAAUAGUCUAUCACUUUUCACUUCCAUAGACGUUUGGAAAAAUCGGGAAUUCAUCAAAUCGGUAAUGGAGAAUUUGGGACUCACAGACUGAUCUCAUGAGUGGCUAAAAUGUUUACUUUUUCGUUCUCUGGUUGACCAAUUUGAGCGUUACUCCGCCUUACUCUAGAAAAUUCCAUUUCGAAAGUAAUUCAAUAACUUAAUGUUGUGUGUUCUGCUUCAAUUUAAUCUUCGUACUUCUAUUAUGUUAUUCUUACUCAUAUUGUUUCAUAUUUUUGAGUCUCAUUUCCUUUUCACAUUGUAUUUCAACUGAAUUCCGUUAUUACAGGAGUUCCUUCAUGUUGUACUUUUGAAAAGCUUCCAAAGUUUAUUCUAUUCUCUACACUAUAUUUUUCUAUUCUAUUUUAUAAUAGAUUUUUCUAUUCUAUUCCUAUUCUAUUUUCCUAUUCUCUACACUGUAUUUCAAUUCCACACAAAUACACAGUGAAAGUCUAUGAAUCAUCUAUUGAUAUUUUUCAUAUUUCCAACUCAUAUCUCUCACAUUCAUGUCCCAUCUCCUUUUCAAAUUGUAAAAGGACUAACUACAUUUUAUCAACAAAGUUUCUCAUAUCACCAUCUACUUGGAUAAAAAUAUAAAUCCCAGUAACCUUUUGCAUUCUAUUUUGUAACAUCAUGUUUCCGAAACGAAAGCCAUUUUCAAGUGAAAUAUGAGAUUUAUAUUUUCAUUUAUUGACCGAGCCAAGUGAGGUCUAAGAUUCAAGUCGACGGUUUUGCAUUUCUCCUUAUGUUUAAAUGUGUUAUAUGUUCCGCACUCACGGCGAAACUCAGCAAUGGAUUUUCAUGGAAUUUGACAGUUAUGUUCUUUUUUAAAUUGCCCGUCGACAUAUAUACAAGGUUUUUGCAAAUUUUGCAUUUCAGGGAUAUUAUCCCUAUAAAAGGAAAAUGAGCCUUCUCCAUACGCCAAUAUUAGAGUAAAAAUCAGACUAUAGAAUUAUUCAUCAUAAAUCAGCUGUCGAGUAGAUUAUAAAUUGCAUGCAAUGUCGCAAUAUUUAAACGUAACUUGGUGAAAAAUCAGCUGCUGUGUGGAAUAUCAAUUGCAUGCCUCAUUGAAUGCAAUUUUUAUGCACUAUUGAAUGAACUAUUGAAUGCAUGCAAUAACGCAUGCAAUUAAUAAAUAAAAUAACAUAGUAUUGUCUCUUGACCUUUCUCUUCUUUGAACUCGGGCUGUCCUGUUGCCAGUAUUUGAAGGAGAUUAGCUUUUGGUGUUAGCAUUUUUGAUACAACAACCCCAACAGUCAUUAGCCGUUUUUACAGCGAUAUCUCGCCGACACGACAUACAUACAGGAAUUACUCUGAUGGACAGUAUAAGAGGAGGCUGUGGUUUUUAACUGCGUGAGGUCUACUGUUAACAGAACUACCAGUAUUGAAAGUAGACAUGAAGAAAAAAUACAACAUCCACUUGUCAAUCAGUAUCAGCAGUGAGCUUUUUUGCAUGAGAGUACAGAACUUGUCCCUAAUGAUAGAGGAGGGAAUUGGCUGAUACACACGUACGGGAUGAGACAUUUACGAAUGACGCAUAAUCAUGUCUGAACUACUGGACUGAUUAACUUGAAAUUUUGCAUAUUGAUUCUCAAUUUAACGAGGAUGGUUAUAGGCCUAUUCCAAAUUCUUUAAGAUUUCAGUAUGUCAAGUUUUCAGUUUGUCAAUUUCAUAAUAUUGAACCCUCGCAAAUCACGGGUUACUAAUGGUCUGCUAAUUUGAGGCCCGUAUGCAGAUACUCUAUUUGAACGGAGAAAUGUCAGCUGUUCAUUCAAACCCCGUAUGACACACAUUACUGUGAUAAAUUCAGCCAUAUCUACAAAUAGAUCCAAGAUGGCGGAUCAGAUUUCUAAAGUCAUAGUAAAGUAGUAUUUUCAAUUCGAGUGGAGUUCCCAAUUACACCCACGGUCAAAUUACCUUUGUGUAUGAGAUAUAAGCCAUUCUCGGACUUUUUC